CUGGUCGGGCCGGCUUGGCAGGGACUGGGCUGCUCCGGUCCCGUCGGCACCGGGCUCGUAGGACCCCGGGGUUCCCAGGCGCAGGUCACCAUGAGCAAGCGGAAGGCGCCGCAGGAGACGCUCAACGGGGGGAUCACCGACAUGCUCACGGAACUCGCAAACUUCGAGAAGAACGUGAGCCAGGCCAUCCACAAGUACAACGCCUACAGAAAAGCAGCAUCUGUGAUAGCAAAGUACCCACACAAAAUAAAAAGUGGCGCAGAAGCAAAGAAAUUGCCUGGAGUAGGAGCAAAAAUUGCUGAAAAGAUUGACGAGUAUUUAGCAACUGGAAAAUUACGUAAACUAGAAAAGAUUCGGCAGGAUGAUACAAGUUCGUCCAUCAAUUUCCUGACUCGAGUUACUGGCAUUGGCCCAUCUGCUGCAAGAAAGUUUGUAGAUGAAGGAAUUAAAACAUUAGAAGGUAAGUGUAUAACAUCUUUUGUCUCCUUGUUCUGUCUUUAUAGAUAUUUUGAAGACUUUGAGAGAAGAAUCCCUCGUGAAGAGAUGUUACAGAUGCAGGAUAUUGUGCUGAAUGAAGUUCAAAAGGUGGAUUCUGAAUAUAUCGCUACAGUCUGUGGCAGUUUUAGAAGAGGCGCAGAGUCCAGCGGCGACAUGGAUGUUCUCCUGACCCAUCCAAGCUUUACCUCUGAGUCAGCCAAGCAGCCCAAACUGUUGCAUCGAGUUGUGGAGCAACUACAAAAGGCCCAUUUUAUCACAGACACUCUGUCCAAGGGUGAGACGAAGUUCAUGGGUGUCUGCCAGCUUCCCAGUAAAAAUGAUGAACAAGAAUACCCACACAGGAGGAUCGAUAUCAGGUUGAUACCCAAGGAUCAGUAUUACUGUGGUGUGCUCUAUUUCACUGGCAGUGAUAUUUUUAAUAAGAACAUGAGAACGCAUGCCCUAGAAAAGGGCUUCACAAUCAACGAAUACACAAUCCGCCCUCUGGGAGUCACUGGUGAGUGGUCUCGGGCUGUCAGACACAUAUGGUCAUCUGGAGAAGGAAUUUCUAAGAUAAUUUGGGCUUAACGGGUCUGCUUCCUUUGAAAAGCCUUCUAAGCACUAUGCCUGUUCAUUGCACUGGAAGCCCCUGGGCAAGGAAUCCCUGGGUAGCACAAACCGGGAACCUUCACUCCUGACCAAAAGAUGGGUGGCUUGAACCCACCUAGAGCGCCACGAAAGAAAGCCCUGGCCACCUGCGUCCAGAAAGCCCCAGGCCUGGAAACCCACUUCUCUGCAAUAACUGCGGUUCCCAAGAGUCAAAACAGACUCGGCAGCGACUAGAGGGGAUCAGCCCUCCAAAAACAAAAUGGGACUGGAGCCCCUGCUCCAGGGCCCUCAGUGCAGCCCCGUUUCUAGCUCGAUGUGAAUUGAUGAGAUCCCUUCCCCUGUGAUGGCUAAUUUAAAACACCGUCUUAGUGAUCUGCAGGGCUAUUGUAUUUGCUUGUUUUAAGUUUGGAAGAGCCUUGACAUCGUUGCUUUUAGUGUGAUGACCUGGGAGGUCUGGGCCUCUGUGAUCUUUAAAGCCUAAGGGAAACAGAUUGCUUGGUCUGUGUUUUAUAGAGCUUCCUAA